AUGUCUUUUCUCGUUGGUGAUAACAAAAUUCUGAUAAUUGCAUCUCACAGCAUGAACACGAUAAGAAAAGCCAUUUUUGUUUUUUUAUUUUGCAACAAUUUCUUUUCAUUUUUUCUUAAACCAUGUGGGUUUCGUUUUGGUCACAUCCUUAAAUUAUGCACACACAUCCACUUCCAUAUCUUUUUUUCUGCUUCUUUCAACGUAGACAACACACACACUUUCACUCUGGCUCUCCCUCCACCACCGCAGGCCGCGGCGGCCGGAGCUGCUCCGCCCCAUGUCGCACCGAGGCCGAAACGGCCGCGUCCGCCGUCGGGGCGCACCAACCUCGCUUCCUGCGUGGUGGCCUCCAUCUUCCUAAUCUUCAUCAUCAUCGUCAUCCUCAUCGUGUACUUCACCGUGUUCAAACCCCAGGAUCCCAAGAUCGCCGUCAACGCCGUCCAGCUCCCCUCGUUCUCCGUCGUUAACGGCACCGUCAACUUCACGUUCUCCCAAUACGCCGCCGUCCGGAACCCUAACCGCGCCGCCUUCUCCCACUACGACAGCUCCCUCCAGCUCCUCUACUCCGGCAGCCAGGUCGGCUUCAUGUUCAUCCCGGCCGGCGAGAUCGACGCCGGCCGGACGCAGUACAUGGCCGCCACCUUCUCCGUGCAGUCCUUCCCCCUCUCCGCGCCCCCGAGGGUGGGCCCCACUCUCGCCAACGGCGACGGAGUGGGCUUCAACUAUGGGCUUAGGAUUGAGCCCACUAUGGAAAUCGAGUCCAAGUUGGAGAUGGCGGGCCGCGUGAAAGUCUUACACUUCUUCACCCAUCAUGUUUACGCCAAAGCCGGUUGCAGGGUCGCCAUUGCCGUAACCGAUGGAUCCGUGUUAGGUUUUCACUGCUAAUUUUUUUUUUCUUUUUCUUUUUGGACUUCAUCAGUAAAUUAACUAUAUAGUCACUGUAAUUGUUAGUGACCUUGAGUAACCAUGGGUUAAAAUUGUAAAGUAAAGACCUUUUUUUCAAUUUUCCUUCCCCAAUGCAAAGUUUCGCCAUUUUGGUCCUCGAAUUGCGGAAGUUUUCAUUGAAGUGUGAGGAUUAUGCGGGAAUGUGAAUGGGUGUUUGUUGCUUUAUUGGGAUAAGUUAAAGCUUAAGUAAAGAUGCAAAAAAAGUGAAGGGGAAUGAUGAGUUUGAAAGGAAAAUGGAGAGAGAAGCUUUUUUUUUUUCUUUGGCUUUUUUGUUGGUAAUUAAUUGUUGGUUAAGCAAAGUUAGAUACCAUUGUUGAUAGUGAUAGUAAUUUGACUAUUGGUGUGAAAAUUGGAAUGAAUUGAAUGAGGUUUUGGUGAGAAA